GCUGUGACGUAAUUCCGGCGUGUGGGGCGAAAGCCGGGAGGUCUAGCGAGAGAUCGAGUAGGGAGCAGGCGGCAAGCAGGCGGGCUCACGGCAGGCAGAGUGAGUGAGCCAGCAAGGGCGGCCGCGUCCCGAGAGCAGCCGAGAUUCCUCCCGUACCUCUGACCCCCUCCCCGGAGCCCACAGCGCCUCCGGUCUCCAGCGGAACGGACACGGCCCGGCCCGGCAAUGGCCUCGUUGCUGAAGGUGGAUCAGGAAGUGAAGCUCAAGGUUGAUUCUUUCAGGGAGCGGAUCACAAGUGAGGCAGAAGACUUGGUGGCAAAUUUUUUCCCAAAGAAGUUGUUAGAACUUGAUAGUUUUUUGAAGGAACCAAUCCUAAACAUCCAUGACUUAACUCAGAUCCACUCAGACAUGAAUCUCCCAGUCCCUGACCCCAUUCUUCUCACCAACAGCCACGAUGGACUGGAUGGUCCCACUUAUAAGAAACGAAGGUUGGAUGAGUGUGAAGAGGCCUUUCAGGGAACCAAGGUGUUUGUGAUGCCCAAUGGGAUGCUAAAAAGCAACCAGCAGCUGGUCGACAUUAUUGAGAAAGUGAAACCUGAGAUCCGGCUGCUGAUUGAGAAAUGCAACACGGUCAAAAUGUGGGUACAGCUCCUGAUUCCCAGGAUAGAAGAUGGGAACAACUUUGGGGUGUCCAUUCAGGAGGAGACAGUUGCAGAACUGAGAACUGUUGAGAGUGAAGCUGCAUCUUAUCUGGACCAGAUUUCUAGAUAUUAUAUUACGAGAGCCAAAUUGGUUUCUAAAAUAGCUAAAUAUCCCCAUGUGGAGGACUAUCGCCGCACGGUGACAGAGAUUGAUGAGAAAGAAUAUAUCAGCCUUCGGCUCAUCAUAUCAGAGCUAAGGAAUCAAUAUGUCACUCUACAUGACAUGAUCCUGAAAAAUAUUGAGAAGAUCAAACGGCCUCGGAGCAGCAAUGCAGAGACACUGUACUGAGGCCAGGGCCGGGGCCAGGGGACUCUGUGAGUCUGGCCCAAGACCGACAUUGCCUUGGUUUGUUACAUGACUAUCGUGAUGGGGAAACUGGCUGGAAAUAGUAAUCACACCUCUCUCUGUUUUUAGUUAGCGUCUAAUGAAACUCUCAUGUAGUUCUGUGA